AUGCUUGAACUCUUUGAUUCUAUAAAGCCUGAUAUUGAUUCGAAUUGUUCUAUAUGUUUGGAUACAUUAUUUGAUCCAGUUUCCCUCACUUGUGGCCAUAUAUUCUGCUACAUUUGCGCUUGUUCAUCUGCAUCGAUGACCAUUAUCGAUGGACUGAAAGCAGCCAAUCCAAAAGAAAGGUGUCUUUUAUGUCGACAGGCUGGAGUUUAUGAAGGUGCUGUCCAUUUGGAUGAACUUGUUACAUUAUUAAGGAGAAGCUACCACGGAUACUGGGAUCAUGGAGUUUAUGAGCAGCGGCUUGAGACGGAAAGAUUGGAGAGAAUUCGGCAGGCAAAGGGACAUUGGGAAUCUCAGUGUCGGGCAUUCCUUGGCGUCUGA